AAAAAGAAAAAGAAAAAGCAUAACAAAAAUAAUGUUAAUAAUAUUAAAUAUGCAUAAGAAAAACGAAUAAGUUUGACAACAGGAGUGUAAGGUUAGAUCAAGGAUAAUUAUCUUACGUUACUAAUAUACAUAUACAAAUAUCUAAGUAAUUAUCGUUUAGGUGAAAUAAAUGAACCAGUUGUUGUGAAACGAUUAUAAAAACAAUGUAUUAAGAAUUAUUUUAAAGAAUAACGAGCGAAUGGAUAUUUUGUCAAUUAAUCGCUUAACAAACAAUUUAGCUUUCCUAAGCUAUAUUCUAUAGCGUUGGAUGUGCAGAAAAUUUUUGCUUUGGAUUAAUUAUACAAUCGAGUAUCAACAAUGAGGAAAAGAUAAGAACUGAAUUUAGCCAUCCACUCAAUCACUCAUAUUUAGUCCAUAAUCAUCAAUUUGAUGGAUGGCAACAACAUAUAAAUAUAAAAGUUUAUAACAAGUAAUCAGAGAAAACAAUUGUGUGUAUGCUUGGGCUUGUGUUUUACUAUAAUAUACGCGUUCGCAUCUGCCGCAACUUCGUUGUCCAUGACGAACAUCAAUACUCGAAUAUAGUUUAUGUAUGUUUAAAUUAAAACGACAAACUUUAAAUGCAACAGCUGCAACGAACAGAGCUUAUAUGUCAACUGCUACGGUGGUCAGAAUUGUCAACGUGACUGAUGCGAGUGGAUGUGAUAAAGGCGCAGUGAAAACAUGAAAUACAAGCGUAAUAAAAUAACGAACGAACAGUUACUAAGGAGAUAUCAGAAUAAGAGGCAGCCGCAUCAACAACAGCAGAAACAAAUUUCAUCAAUUGCUAAAACAGAAAGCGAGUGCACGCAGCGGGAUUGGCAUCGUCAUCGUCACCGUCGCCACCACUAUCACCAUCGCCAUCAAGAGAAGCAUCGGCCUCCUUAUCAGCAGGAUAAUCGACAGUUAAACGAGAUACAAACGAUACCAUUAAAGCAUUUCGGAAAAGUUACUAACGUAGACGGCAACUCAUUGAUAUCAGUGCCUAACUGUACGCUGUUGCUGUUGUGCCAUUUAUUCUGGCUGGUAUUAUUGCUCGAUAUGCCCGAAAUGGCGCAAGCAGAUUGGUUAAUGGAUUGCGGUGACUGUCAUUGCAAAUGGAAUUCGGGUAAAAAGACAGCAGAUUGCAAAAAUUUAACAUUAUCAUCGGUGCCCGAAAAUUUAAGUAACGAAGUUCAAGUCUUAGAUUUAUCGUUAAAUCGUAUCGUUUACUUAGAAGAGAAUGCUUUCCUUAGAGCCGAUUUACAGAAUCUGCAUAAGUUAUAUAUACGUAAUAGCUCGCUGCAACAAAUCGAUCCGCAAAGUUUUACUCAAUUAGAAAUACUUAUUGAACUGGAUUUGUCUAGUAAUUUGUUGCGUUCCCUGCAGCCGAAUCAGUUUGGAAAAUUAGUUAAGGUACGAGCUAUAGUCCUCAAUGGCAAUCUGUUAGAGAAUUUGGGUGAUGGCAUUUUUCAAAAUUUAAAAUAUUUACACAAAAUUGAAUUGAAGGAUAAUCGCUUAAUCCGCAUUGGCACUCAAGUAUUUGUUAAUGUGCCUUUACUCUCGCAAAUUUAUUUGAACAACAAUCGAUUAAACUUUUUAAGGAAGGAGAGUUUUGAAAUUCUUAAGCGUUUGACUGCUCUAUCUUUAGAUGGCAAUCCAUGGAAUUGCACGUGCGAGUUGCAGGUAUUUCGGGAUUUUGUAUUGCGUCGAAAUUUGUACACUCCGCCCACUUCGUGUUUUUAUCCGGCUCAUUUACGUGGCAUGCUAUGGGUGGAAGAUCAGCCGGAAGCGUUCGCUUGUCGGCCACGUAUCAUAUUUCCGGCGAAAGGAGCUUCUAUUAAUACUUCAAAAGAAAAUGUAACAUUGGUGUGCCGAGUGCAUGCUUCGCCUAACACUCAUAUAGCAUGGGAUUACAACAAACAGUUAUAUCGAUCGAGCAGCUCAAAUACGCCAAAUAAUCAACGUGUACAUAUACAAGUGAUAAGAGAUGAACAUUCAAAGGAAAGAGAAUUCGGUCGCGAUGUCUACGUAUCUCGUUUAACAAUUCUUGGGGCUGAGAAAAGCGACGAGGGAAUUUACACAUGUGUUGCAGAGAAUGCUGGAGGUAAAGAUGCCGUUCAAAUGAGUUUAGUUAUCCAAAAGGCGGGCGCACGUGAUAUGCUACCAGACAAUCUGGCAGCUGUAAUUUCGUUAAUGGCUUUGGGAUUGCUUAGCGUGUCUGUGUUUCUUGCGAUGAUUACGUGCUGCAUUUACAAGCGAUUCAUUACAUCUUCGGCUGCUCAUCAACAUCGACACCACCAUUUAGAUCUAAGCGGGGCAGAUCCAAUGACAACGGUAGGCACAGUGGUGGCCAAUCACGCCACUACAACAGUUGAUGGAGGCACAGAUGUUAUGCUGGGUGUCGUCAAUGGCGUUGACGACACGUCCAAGUACAAAAAACAUCCUUUACUGCAACAGCAAACGACAUUGAAUGGCGGCAGUUCACUGUACGAUGACAAAUAUACUGAACUAACAAAGCUUACGGAUAGCGGAACAGGUGGAUGCGGUGGCGGUGGAGGCGUUGGAAGCAUUGAUGGUGGCGGUGGCGUUGGCGGUGGCUCUAUUAACAUUGCCUCACCUUUAUUGGAAGUAGGCAUAAAGACAGUAGGCGAUGCGCAACUGGGUCAUGCGGAAAAAGCAUAUUUGGCGCAAAGCAAUGAAGAUAUGCACCAUAUUAAAUAUCCACAUGGACGAGUACAAGCUGAAAUAAACCGCAUGUCAGUGGCCGCCCAGAUUAGGGGUAGUAGUGAUGGUAGCGGCGGCCACAAUAAUGACAGCAAACUUAAUAACGGCAGUGCUGAGUUUCAACCGGAUUUGGUGCCUGCCUAUGCGGGUAAUAAAGUCAACAAUCAACGUAAUCAAGCAAGCGAACUUUAUAGUCCUGCUGUAACACCAGGCUCCGUCACAUUCAAGACAAUAAACCAUGCAACAGAGGACCAACAGCAGCAAACGCACCAUCAGCAUCAGCAUCAGCACCAACAUCAUCAGCAUCAGCAUCAGCAGCAACAUCAACAGCAGCAACAGCAACAACAACAACAACAACAGCAACGCCAAAAUCAACAUCAGCAUUCGCAAAAAGCCCCAAGUCCUGUGCAAACAACCGCCUACACCACUAGCAACACCGCCAUCACCACAACAGCACGUAGUAAAUAUAAUGCAAGUGCUCAAGAGUAUUUACAGGCUAAAUUUGGUACGACCAGACGAAUGCCAAAAAAUCAAGAUAAACGACAAGCUCCAAAUGUGCUGUACGCAGCAGCCGGAGUCAGUGCUUCCCUAACAGCUAGCAUAGAGAAUUUAAACGCUCGCCAAAGUAAAUCAUUAAUACUGCCUCAGCGAACGGUUUGCAGUGCGACCACAGUGGCCACACCCACCGAUAAUAGUACUAUGUACGAAUAUCGUCAACCACCACCGCCCCCCUAUCAUGCAACACAUCGUACUACAGGUAAUGUACUGCUCGGUAAACGGAUUAGCAAUUCCGAGGAUAAUAACAAAAAUAAUAUCACAAAAGAUCAGGGCUACCGGGAAACGAUGCCUACUUGCUAUGAAACUGGCCGCCCUACGAUAGUAACCGCAUCACCGUCAUUAAAUUUUCCCACAACAACUACUGGCUAUAAUAAUAGUUUAGCGCCACGAAGACAAUUGCUGUGAUAAGCAUAUAUAUAUAAUAUAUAAGCGCUAUAAAUGUAUUUUCUCUCAAGACCAAGAAGGCUUGUGACUGUACGUAAUACAACAAUUAUAAUAGAAAUGAUUGCCGAUAGGUUGUUUGUAGUGCGGAAUAACAUUUUCCUAGAUGUGUUUGCUCUCCCAAAAAACUGAAAGCAAAUCUAAUAAUGAUCGAUACAGUAACGGGUCAUACGGUAUACAGCGCAUCAAUAUUGGUGGUCGUAGUAAUAAUGAAGACGAUGUGUCAGCCAUUCGUAAUUAAUCGUAAAAAAAUUGAUAAAUGUGCGAACAAAAAAUUCCAAUAAUUAUUAAAUCGUUAAGUGAUUGCUGUUGAAUAUCUGAUGCGAAAGUAUUGCAUUGCGUUGUACUGCUAUGCGGUCGAACAAAUCAACCGAAUGUCGAGGUUAGUUAAGCAAUUAUGUUAUAAUA